GUGUUUCUUCAGCCAUCAGUCUGUAGCUACUCCACUGGGAUAAAGACGAACACAACUUCGGUCCGCUCGCGGAGCGACGGGGAGAGAGAGAGAGGACGGCACGCGCGCGGGAUCUUUCGGGAGAAUAUACCUACAAUAAAUAAAGAAAUAUAUAUAAUUUAUUUUUUUAAAGGACAAAAUGACACGGACGGCGUCCACCAUCGCGCUCAUAUCUCUGUUAUGGAUAUUAAAAAGGACGGCAAGUGCGCGAGUUUACCCCCCUAAUGAAGUAACGUUGCUGGACUCCAGGACGGUGCAGGGCGAGCUGAAAUGGGUGGCGAGCCCGGCGGAGGGAGGGUGGGAAGAGGUGAGCAUCAUGGACGAGAAGAACACGCCCAUCCGGACGUACCAGGUGUGCAACGUCAUGGAGCCCAGUCAGAACAACUGGCUGCGGACGGACUGGAUCGCUCGCGGCGGCGCUCAGCGCGUCUACAUCGAGAUCAAAUUCACGCUGCGCGACUGCAACAGCCUGCCGGGCGUGAUGGGAACUUGCAAGGAGACCUUCAAUCUCUACUACUACGAGUCCAACAAUGACAAGGAGCGCUACAUCCGAGAGAACCAGUUCAGCAAGAUCGACACCAUUGCUGCCGACGAGAGCUUCACGCAGGUGGACAUCGGCGACCGCAUCAUGAAGCUGAACACCGAGGUGCGGGACGUGGGCGUUUUGACCCGGAAAGGCUUCUACCUGGCUUUCCAGGACGUGGGGGCGUGCAUUGCUCUGGUGUCUGUACGGAUCUUUUACAAGAAGUGUCCGCUCACCGUGAGAAACCUGGCCCAGUUCCCAGACACCACCACUGGGGCGGACACCUCGUCGCUGGUGGAGGUGCGUGGGUCUUGCGUGGACAACUCGGAAGAGCGGGAAGUGCCCAAGAUGUAUUGCGGGGCAGAUGGAGAAUGGUUGGUGCCUAUUGGAAACUGCCUGUGCAACCCCGGAUUCGAGGAGCGAGCGGGAGCGUGCCAAGCCUGUAAGGUUGGCUACUACAGGGCCUUGGCUACAGACGGCAGCUGUUCAAAAUGCCCACUGCACAGCUACUCCGUCCGGGAGGGAUCCACGUCCUGCACCUGCGACAAAGGCUACUUCCGCUCCGAGACCGACCCGGCCUCCAUGCCCUGCACUCAGCCCCCGUCGUCCCCUCAGCACCUCAUCUCCAACGUGAACGAGACAUCCGUCAACCUGGAGUGGUCUCCCCCGGCGUCAUCAGGCGGGAGACAGGAUAUGACCUAUAAUGUGGUGUGUAAGCGCUGCGGUCCGGAUGGUCAGCGGUGUCAGCCGUGCGGCAGCGGCGUCCAUUACUCGCCUCAGCAGCUGAGCCUGCGCUCCACCCGCGUCUCCAUCAACGAGCUCCAGGCGCACACCAACUACACCUUCCAGGUGUGGGCGGUCAACGGGGUCUCCCAGCAGAGCCCCAGCCCUGAGCAGGCCGUGUCCGUGACGGUCACCACCAACCAGGCUGCUCCCUCUCCAGUUACCUCCAUCCAGGCCAAGGACAUCACCAGGCAUGCUGUGUCUCUGGCAUGGCAGCAGCCCGAGAGGCCUAACGGAGUCAUCCUGGAGUACGAGGUCAAGUACUACGAGAAGGAUCAGAACGAGCGCAGCUACAGGAUAAUGAAGACGUCAUCCCGCAGCGCCGACAUCAAAGGCCUGAGCCCACUCACCUCCUACGUCUUUCACGUGCGCGCUCGCACCGCUGCGGGCUACGGAGAAUUCAGCGCCCCCUUCGAGUUCAUGACCAACUCAGUCCCUUCCCCCAUCAUCGGAGAUGGAGCUAAUUCCACAGUGCUGCUGGUGUCCGUCAUCGGGAGCGUGAUCCUGCUGCUCAUCUUCAUCGGAGUCUUCGUGAUCAGCCGCAGGAGGAGUAAAUACAGCAAGGCCAAGCAGGACUCUGAUGAGGAGAAGCACCUUCACCCAGGAGUCCGGAUCUAUGUGGACCCUUUCACUUAUGAGGACCCCAACCAAGCCGUCCGUGAAUUCGCCAAAGAGAUCGACGCCUCCUGCAUUAAGAUCGAAAAGGUCAUUGGGAUCGGAGAGUUUGGGGAGGUUUGCAGUGGGCGUCUGAAGAUGCCAGGCAAAAGAGAAAUCUGCGUGGCCAUCAAAACCCUCAAAGCUGGAUACACAGACAAGCAACGCCGCGACUUCCUGAGCGAGGCCAGCAUCAUGGGCCAGUUCGACCACCCCAACAUCAUCCGUCUGGAAGGAGUGGUAACCAAAUGUAAACCAGUAAUGAUCAUCACCGAAUACAUGGAGAACGGCUCCCUUGAUGCCUUCCUAAGAAAGAACGACGGGCGCUUCACGGUCAUCCAGCUGGUUGGCAUCUUGCGUGGAAUCGCAUCUGGGAUGAAAUAUCUGUCGGACAUGAGCUACGUGCACCGUGACUUAGCUGCGAGGAACAUUCUGGUCAACAGCAACCUGGUUUGCAAGGUGUCUGAUUUCGGCAUGUCUCGGGUGCUGGAGGAAGACCCCGACGCGGCUUAUACGACAAGGGAAAUAAUGGGAACCUAUCAAUCGCAGGGGGGAAAAAUCCCCAUUCGCUGGACGGCGCCGGAGGCCAUCGCCUACAGGAAGUUCACCUCGGCCUCCGACGUGUGGAGCUACGGCAUCGUCAUGUGGGAGGUGAUGUCGUACGGAGAGCGGCCGUACUGGGACAUGAGCAACCAGGAUGUAAUAAAAGCAAUUGAAGAGGGCUACAGACUCCCCCCACCCAUGGACUGCCCUGUGUCCCUCCACCAGCUGAUGCUGGACUGCUGGCAGAAAGAGAGAGCGGAACGGCCCAAAUUCAGCCAGAUCGUCAACAUGCUGGACAAACUGAUCCGCAACCCCAACAGCUUAAAGAGGACCGGGGGAGAAAUAGCCAGACCCAACACGACCCUUCUCGAGCCGAGCAGUCCAGAGUUCUCCUCUCCCUUGGGCUCCGUCUCAGAUUGGCUACAGGCCAUCAACAUGGAGCGCUACCGGGACAACUUCACCGCCGCCGGCUACACCACUCCAGAAGCUGUAGUCUCCAUGACGCAAGAAGACAUGGCCAGGAUAGGGAUCUCCUCCGCCGCACACCAGGACAAGAUCCUCAGCAGCGCACAGGGAAUUCUGUCCCAGAUGCAACAGAUACAGGACAGGAUGGUUCCUGUCUGAACCCGCGGGAUCCUAAAACUCUGAACGUACUUUAAUUUUUUUUUCUUUCAUUGUUGUUUUUUGUUGUUUUUUCGAAAGGAAAUCCAUUUACCUCAUCCAUGCACUUUAAACAAAAUCGUUGAAGGAGAGUAAAAAAGCAAAAAGUUGGAGUUAGAAGUGACUGAAGACUGAAAAACUGAAAAAAGGAUGGAGAAAUGACACAGCACUUUUUUAUUUUAUUUUUUUUAUUAUUUUUAAAUUUUUGAUUUUAGUUUUUUUUUUGGGACAAAAAAGGCACCCAGCCUGGAAUGAUGGAAUGAUGAUUGGAGGAUUCAGAGGACGCCACUGUGCGCUGUGUUGAGACUUUUUGGAUACUGAAUACUGGAUAUGAUUCGCUCAGAAGGCUCCUGGGUCGUCAGUCAUUCCUUUUUUUUGCCUUUUUUCGUUUCUAACCAAUGGAACUAAGAAGAGAAGGCAUGCUAUCCUUUAUAUCUUUUUUUUUUUUUUUUUUACCAUUUUUCCUCUUUUUUUCCACUUUUUUUGUAUGUAUGUAAUGUAUGAGUCAUUAUGUAAAUACGUAGUAUUUUUUUUUUUUUUUUUUUUUUUAGUUUUUGGGGGAUUUGCCCAACUUUUUUGCCAGUUUUUUUUUUUUUUUUUACUUUUCCUCUACCAUAUAUAUAUAUUUUUUUUCCUGUCAUUUCUACCAUUUUUAGCUGAGUCAAUUUUACAGCGUGGGCUGUAAGUGUAAAAAAAAAAAAAAAACGUUAAAAAAAGACGUUUUUGAGCUACUUAUAAGAACUUUUUUGUUCUUAUCGUGCUAAGGGGAAGAAAGCGUUGGUCUCUUCGUCUUUUUGGUGCGUACGGAAUGAUGGAUCUGGAUGAACUGGGUCUGGAAUCUCUCCAGUUUUUCCCCACCCUUUGAAAUGGAAUAUCUGUCUCCACUCUGCAAUUCUCCUCCUCCUCUCUGCUCCACUUGGCUGGGAACUCAACGCGCGCCGCUUGGAUUAAAGAAUGCUGCCCUGAGUUUACAUCUCUCUCUUCUUCUUCUUCUCCAAUGUGGUCUCCAAGGCACAUUCCCCUCCCCCAUUUUUCUUCCCUCCAAAUCUUCUCACCCCUAAACCUUUCCCCUGUUCUCUUUUCCCUCUCUUGCUUCACCUCCUACUCUCUAUCUCUAUCUCUCUUUCUUUCUCUUUCUCUCCUUCCCUUCCUAAACCCCCCCUUCCUUCGCUGUAUCGCUCUCUGACUGAAGACCCCCGGCAGGCGCACGUCUCACUUACUGGAAGCUACAUCAAGACAGAGCUAAGCGUCAACCUCGGUGCGUCUGCAGCCGAGCGAUAUCCUUCACCGCCUCAGCCUCCGAGAGAAAACGUACACCGAGCCUCAUAUCAGGACUACGACUACUGCCGGGACCAGGACUACAAUUCCCAGGACUCUUGCACUGUGGAAGACGAACGGAAAAGAAAGACAAAAACAACAACAACAACAAGCUGAGGAACGACUUUGCUGAGGAUUCUUUUUUUCUACGAACUUCAGUUGAUUAUUGAUUUUUUUUUGUUUUCUUCUUAUUUCUUUCACCACACAUCGCAUUGCACGACUGCUGAGCGCAGUUCUGAAAGGGAUGCUAAAAGGGGCUGCUAGCUUCAGCUUUAAAUGAGCGCUAGCACUCAACACAACACAUCUGUCUCCAUACCUUCAGACGACCAUUUUUGGACGCAUAAAAACGCAUAUACAAGGGUUGGACAAUGAAACUGAAACACCUGUCAUUUCAGUUUGAGAGGUUUCAUGGCUAAAUUGGACAUUAAUUGCACAUUGCACCAGUAAGAGCAGAGUGUGAAGGUUGGUUCAAUUAGCAGGGUAAGAGUUUUGCACAGUUUUGCUCCAAAUACUACAAUGCACACAACAUAAUGGGUAAAAUACCAGAGUUCAAAAGAGGACCAAUUGUUGGUGCACGUCUUGCUGGUGCAUCUGUGACCAAGACAGCAAGUCUUUGUGAUGUAUCAAGAGCCACGGUAUCCAGGGUAAUGUCAGCAUACCACCAAGAAGGACCAACCACAUCCAACAGGAUUAACUGUGGACGCUGUAAGACAACCUCGGUGCACCUCAACUCUCCUGUUUCCACCAGAACUGUCGGUCACCACAAUAAAUUAUUGUGGACUAAAAUUAGAUGUUUCAGUUUCAUUUUCCAACCCUUGUAUAUCCAGUACAGAAACUACAGUCAUGGCUACUUCCUGGAAAAUGAAGAAGAAAACAGCAGAACAGACAGAUGAUUUGCUGGAGACUUCGCUGGGAUCGAAAACUCAACCCAACGCAACUCAACACCUACUGGAGUUAUGAACCUUUUUUUGUUGACCUUUGUUGACCAUUUUUGACCUUUGUGACCUUGCGAGUUCAAUUGCAAAUUACUGCAAAUGUCGACUAAGAAACGGACAGUGGAAUAAUAAGAAAAAAGGCACAUUCGUACCUUGAAUAAACUUUUUAAAAGGAAUGUUCAUGAAAAAAAAGGGAAUAAAAAGACCCUUGAUUGACUCUUGAAUCUCGAAUCUCACACUUCACUUCACAUACCAUUCACCAGCUCGUCUCAUCUUAUCUCAUCCUAUCUCAUCCUAUCUCAUUCUAUCUUACAAGGCUUUUUGUUCUUUCUCUGUUUUAUCACUUCUGGGAAAAAGGGUGGUGAAGUCAUCAGUGUGCUGCGUUCACACUUUUGGAACUAUCAAGCCUCUUAAAACCCUUAAAAAAAUAACGAAAAGAAAAUCUGUUCAUUUUCUUUAAUCUCUCUUCAUCAUUUCGUUUUUUUUUUUUUUUCUUCUUUCCUCCCUCACUGCUCGCUCUCAGCUUUUGAGGACCUGUUUUUUGGAAUAUGCAAGGCAAGGAAUGUGGAGGAGGUCUGAGAUCUAUAGAAUGUAUAUUGUGCCAAGCUUCUUAAUGUAGUUUAUUAUUCAAGGGGAAUCUGAACUGAAACUAACACACAUCAGUUGUUUUUUUUUUAUUUUCUUGUUCUUGAGUUAAUCUAGUCAUACGGAUUAACAUACGGAUUGUGCUUGUUCGCAUCUAUGUAUACUGCCAUUGUCGUUUUAUUUUAUUUGUUUUAUUUGUUUAUUUUUUUUUAUUUGAAUGAAAUUUUUAGGUACAUGAGACAUGUCAUUUAUUUAUGGUCUUUUUUAUCUAGUUUGUAAAAUUGUAAAAUAGAACUAUGAGGGGAAAAUAAAUGAUUGCCAAGCGCAUUGUAA